AUUUACAUAAUUCAUUUUCUUUCCAAUAUAUACAAAAUUGUUCAUCAACAAUAUAAUGGCGUUAGAAUGGGUUAUGCUUGGGUACGCUACAGGCGCAGAAGUAAUCAUGGUUAUGCUUCUAACCCUCCCGGGCCUUGGUCCCCUUCGAAAGGGAUUAAUCGCGGUAAUUAGUAACCUUUUAAAACCAUUCCUAUCCGUUGUCCCGUUCUCUUUGUUUUUGUUUAUGGAUAUCUAUUGGAAAUAUGAGAAUCGGAUUGAUUGUGAAUCGACCGAUUCAUGUACACCAACAGAGCUGUUGAGACAACAAAAAUCGAUCAUGAAAAGCCAACGUAACAUUUUGUUGAUCGUUACUGCUAUUGUUUUUUAUUGGCUUUUAUAUUCGGUGACUCAUAUGUAUGUCACAAUUGAGCAGUUGAACGCCAGAAUCGAAAGGUUGAAAAAUAAGGACUGAU